AUGGCUCGACUUUGGGAUCCUUGGAACUUGGAUUAUGUCCAUCACUGCUUGCUGAAAACCAAGGAGCCACCGCUCUCUACAUUAGCUGUCCAGAAAUUGUUCGAUGAAAAGCCUUUGACAGAUUUAACGGAGGAAGACGAGGAGAUAAUUAAAUCUGUUGUGGCAGGAACAAUUCCUUCAUAUUCGUUGGAAUCGGAAUUAGGUGAUUGCAAGAGAGCGGUUGCAGUUAGGCGUGAGUCGUUACAGAGAUUAAUGGGCAAGUCAUUGUCUGGAUUGCCCUUGGAGGGGUUCGAUUACAAGUCAAUUUUGGGUUUCCAUUGUGAGAUGCCGAUCGAGUACUUGCAGAUUUCCGAGGGAAUUGCUGGGCUGUUGUUGCUUAAUGGAGGAGAGUUCUCGGUUCCCAUGACUACCACUGAAGGUUGCUUGGUUGCUAGCACUAACAGGGAAAGUUUGUUUUAA